AUGCGUAAGGAAAUCAACAGACUCAAGAAUGACAUUGCAAAGCGCCUUAUUACACUUGAAACCGCUCAUGCCAACCUUCUAGCUGAGACGAUCAACUCCACUGAUGAUACCAGAAGAAUGUUCGAAGCAACCAGAGCAAUUUCAAGCACAAAGGACACUCCUCCUAUUUCAGUAUUCCUACCAGAAACAGAAGAACUUGCUCUCCAUGACGAAGAUAAGGCAGACAUAGUCAAGAACUGGUUCAUGGAACAUUACACAGGCCCAGAACCCCCACUAGAACCUUUUGUUGGAGCUGCUAAGCCAUUAGAUACGCCUAUAACUACACUUGAAGUUGAGACAGCAGCCAAGAAACUAAAGAACGGCAAAGCCGUUGGUCCUGACAACCUCCCUAACGAAUUCCUUAAGUAUGCACCUCCUUCUUUCUACAUGAAGUUUGCAUCACUUAUCAAUGAGUCCUUUGAAAAACAAGAGCACGUUCAAUCAUUCACUGAGGGAUAUCUUACCCCCCUACAGAAGCCUGGAAAACCAAAAGGACCAGUUAAGAGUCUGCGUCCCUUGGCCUUGUGCCUUCUCAAUGGAACUAGGAAAAUCCUUUCCAUGAUAACACUCCAGCGUAUUCAACAACAGAUAGCAGACUACACUGGGCCAUGGCAGAAUGCCUAUAAAUCAGGACACAGCUGCUCUAAUAUUGUCUGGACACAAAGGGUUCUUAUUUCUGUUGUCAAGGAGAAACAUUGGGAGUUUAGUAAAAUGGGGAUAGACAUGUCAUCAGCCUUCGACACAAUACAUCGGUCAACUAUACUCAGGCUACUCGAAGAUGCAGGAUGCUCAGAAGAUGACAUAAGACUAGUUAGAUAUCUGCUCGCCAACACCAAGCUCAGAAUUAAGAUCAAAAAGACGACAUCGGGAGAGUUCGAAGUCACAAUAGGAGCCUUUCAAGGUGACUGUUUGUCUGGCUCGCUGUUUACCAUGUACCUAGCUGGAGCACUCUACCACCUUAGAGUUGUUGUUAUACAUCUACGCCCAAAUCCUCCCAUAUCAGAAAGCUCCCUUCCUUUAGAAUGGGAAUAUGCUGAUGAUGUGGACUUUGCUGAUGAAGAUGAGGAUUCGUUACACCAGCUCCUUCCAAUUUGCAAGGAAAUUCUCUCAGAAUGGAAUUUGCUUGUAAAUGAAUCUAAAACCGAGUUUGUAAAGUGUUAUCUGGCUAGAAGUAGUGAGAAGGACGAAAAAGGAGAACCUCUAAGAAAUAGAGAACCUUGGAGGAAGUGUGUGUCCCUAGGCUCUAAGCUAUGUAGUAAAGAAGACAUACAGCAUCGUAUAAUCCUUGGAAAUGUUGCAUUCGAAAAAUACAAGAAAGUUUGGAUGCAAGGAUCUAAGAUUAAUCUGAAGACCAAGAUUAAGAUAUACGAAGCAUACGUUACAUCUGUUAUGCUCUAUAACUGCAAUAGCUGGGCUACCCCUCAGAACCUAUUUGACAAACUUGAUGCAUGUCAUAGAAGACACCUGCGUCAAAUAUUGAAGAUGACUUAUCCCAUUAUUAUCAGUAAUAAAGCACUCUAUGAACGCUGUGGUGUAACACCGUUGUCAGAGCGAGUGACAUAUGCUCGCUGGAAAAUGCUUGGACAUGUCCUUCGCAGUGACUGCUCAUCACCAGCUCAGAGAGCUCUUCAAUUUGCUGUUAAUGCGUUAUUUACCAUGAAAGGACGUGUUGGUCGACACCAAACCACCAAACUACAAGAUGAAAUCGACCAACUGAAGGACGAAAAGAUUGCAGAUCAGAACACUGUGAUUAAACUGCAAGGACAAUUGCUUGAGAAGAAAAGUGAAGAUUUGACCUCCGUUCAGACGACAGUGAAAAGCGAACUCAAAGCCUGGUCGUCAGUUGUGAAGAAUUCAUGCAGCAAGGCGCUAGCGCCUAAGAAAAUGAAAGCUGCUCUGAAACGUGCCUCCGAGGAAGAGGAUCGUAGUCAAAAUCUGGUCAUCUACGGUCUACCAGAAAAGAGUGAAGAAAUCCUGGAAAAGAGAGUGCUUGAGGUACUAGAAAACAUAGAUGAGAAACCUCGAAUCGUUUCUUGCUGUAGGAUGGGGAGAACUGUAUCAGAUGGAGGACCAGCCGUUAAACCUAUCAAGUUCACUCUCAGCGGCUCAGAUCAUGUGCGGCAAGUGUUGAGCAAAGCGAGAAAACUAAGAGAAGUGGAGGGGUAUGACUCAGUGUACAUCAGCCCCGACCGAUCAGCCGAGCAGAGAGCUGCCUUCAGGAAGUUAGUUCUUGAAGUUAAGCAGAAACGGGAAUUGGAGCCUCAGCGAGUUCAUGUUAUAAGGAACAAUAAGAUCGUAAGCUCCGAGAAGGACUGA